UUGUCGCACGUUGGCUGGUGGCCGGGAGAGUCUUUGCGCACGGGGCCAGUUCGCACUAGCGGCAUCGCCAGCGGCCGCCUUUGGAUCGAAGUCGCGCCUCGGGGGCCGGAUUCUCCAGCAAGAUGCCGCGCUCGUUCCUGGUGAAGAAGCAUUUCUCGGCCAGCAAGAAGCCCAAUUACAGCGAACUGGAGAGUCAGACCGUGAUUGUCUCCCCGUUGUUGUAUGAGAAGUACCCCCUGUCUGUCAUCCCCCAGCCUGAAAUCCUCAGCACAGGCUCUUACUACCCCCCGCUGGUAUGGGACACGGGGCUGCUCUCCAACUUCUUCACCUCUGAGCCGGAAUACCAGAAGAGUGCCGCUUCUCCCCCCAGCCCAGACUCCAAACCUCUGGACCUGACCUCCCUGUCCAGCGAGGAAGAGGAUGGCAAGACAACCUCCGACCCGCCCAGCCCAGCCUCCUCUGCUACGGAAGCGGAGAAGAUUCACUGCAGCCAAUGCAACAAGUCCUACUCGACCUUUGCGGGCCUGGCCAAGCACAGACAAUUGCACUGCGACGCCCAGGCCAGGAAAUCUUUCAGCUGCAAGUACUGCGAGAAGGAAUACCUGAGCCUGGGGGCUCUCAAGAUGCACAUCCGAAGCCAUACCCUGCCUUGCGUCUGUAAAAUCUGCGGCAAAGCUUUCUCCAGGCCUUGGCUCCUGCAGGGCCACAUCAGAACGCACACUGGGGAAAAACCUUUUUCCUGCACACACUGCAACAGGGCCUUUGCUGACCGCUCCAACCUUCGUGCUCACCUGCAGACCCAUUCCGAUGUCAAGAAGUAUCAGUGCAAAACCUGUUCCAGGACUUUCUCCCGAAUGUCACUUCUCCACAAACAUGAAGAAACGGGCUGUACCGGCACCCGCUGAGAGCUCUCCGGAGAUGCUGUGGACUCCUCCGUGCAAAUACAUGUAUUGUAACUAGUUUCUGUAGGAAGAAUAGUUUCCGUUGAGCUGCCAGGACAGCGUGUAUCAAACCUGGUCUUUACAGCUGCUUCAAGCCUUAAAGCAACAUAAUACACACACUCUUCUUGUCCCUUCUUGUCUUUGAUGCAGUGUUUAAAGCAUGAUCACAUUUUUCUUUUCUUUUCUCCCUGGCAUUGUCGGAAUGCUUCUCAAUUCAGGCAGAUGCAGGAUCACAUUGUUGUGCCACAAGUGUCUGGUUUAGAAGGACACAGUCUGCUGAAAUUUUAGUAUGAAACUCUAACUGAGCUCUGAGCAAGAUCCGCCUAGUCCACUGUCUCCAACAGUGGCCAGCCAGUUGCUUCUAGAAGCUCACAAGGGGCGAAUGAAAGUGAUGGCCAUCUUUAUUUCUCCCCAGCACCUGCUACAGAGGCAGAGGUUUAGUGCCUCUGAAAAUGGAGGCUCAGUUUGGAACCUGGAGGUUCCAUUCAUGGAGUCCUAUCUCCAUAGUACUAUUCACAUGUUAUGUUGAACACACUCAUAUGAGGUUGUACACAGGUACAAUUAUUCGCACAUUAUUUUGAACGCAGGUACAGCAGUGAACUUCCAAUCUGUGCCAUGCUUUUGAAGGUACAGGCUCACAUUUAAAAUGAACGCAGGUGUACACUAGCCCUAUUCAAGCAUGUUGGAUGAGCGUACAGCUGUUUGCACACAUGCACGUGUUUUUGUGUGCAUGGCUGUACCUGUGUUCAUUUAAAAAGCGAACCUGGGUGCAGACCCCUCAAAUGCAUUUCACAAAUACGGAGUGUACUGUUCUACCUGUGUUCAGCAUAACAUAUGAAUAGCCAUACAUGUGUGCAGAUCUGUACCUGUAUACACUGUGUACAUAACAUGUGGAUCGUACAGAUGUUUGCAUAGGGCUAUGAGUUUGCUGCAUCCAUGUGCUACGUGUGAUCUAAGCUAGCGUCCAUCACUCUUUUGUGUCUGAGUUCCAAAGUGUAGGAACGACCUUAUGUUCAGGAGGUGCUCAGUGCCUCCCAGGAUUUUGCCUUGUACCUAGCUGGCCUUUCUGUUAUCGGUGCAGGAGAGGGGAAGAGCAAUAGCUUCACAGUCACUGUUGACCCUCGACGGCUAUGCCUCUAGCUGGUGGACAAAAGCGACGUGUUGACAAAAUGCCCAGCGAGACUUUUUUGCUCUUCGCAUUAUAUCUCUGUUGCCCGUGGUAGGUGUCCCACUGCAGUCGGACGGCCUUGCAUUCGUUCAGAGGCAGCUGCUUCUCCCACCAGCACAAUGACAAUUUGCAAUGCCUCCUGAGAUUAACAAUGUCUAUAGAAGGCAUUGGGUAGCCAUUUCAAACAAGACUCCUGUUUACAGAGCGGCUAUGCACUCAAGCACCUGUUAAUAUGACUUCUUUUAACAACUGCUUUUUCAAGGGAACUGUGACGAAUAGCAGGCACUUGUCAGGCGAUACAAUAGCCGCCUGUGUCCAGAAGGCUCCCCAUUGACAGGUGUGUGCCAAAAGAACUAUUUAUGGGUAUUGACAGGUGCCUCCUGAAUGCAUCUUUCUUUUGUACAUUGUUUCCACAUCAUAAACAAACAAACAAAAAAAAGGGUAUGUUUACAUUUUGAAGGUACACUGGUAUUUAUAUAUUUUUGUGCCACAAUUUUAUACUGAUUAAAAACUUUUUUAUAUAUAAUUCUAUACAAUUUAUUGAUAUUCAAUAAAAUGGUUAAUUUAUAA